AUGGCAUUACUACAGUCUACUUUGAUAUGGAUAGUAUACGCGAUCGUUGUUGUCAUCCUCAUCGCAGUGGCAUCUAUCUUCUUUUACAUCUACCAAACGCCCCGCGAGCGGUCUGCGUAUGUGACUGCAGUUUGCAUAUUUACCCUCACAGCGUUGCUUGCCACGGUGCUUUUACUACCAGUUGAUGUGGCUUUGGUAUCGUCUACCACUUCAUCCAAACAGGGUAGAAGAAAGCCUUGGGCAACGCAGGAUGAGGUUGACAAAAUCACUUACUCAUUAACAGUCGUUUAUUACUCCCUUUACUCUCUGGACGCGGUGCUCUGUCUCCUAGUAGUGCCGUUCACUUACUUCUGGUACGAAGAAUAUGAUGAAGUUGCAGCUGAAGAAGGCUUGCAGACCUGGGGGAAGAGAUUUUGGGGAGCUUUCAAAUACACCAUAGCCUUUAUUCUGUUCGCAGUUAUCCUGUUUCUCGUUGGGUUUUUUGUUCCUGUGGCGCGAAACAGGGAAGCGCCAAACUUUGAUCUAGAUUAUUUUAGAAAGUUGUUAACAGAAAAUCACGGAGAACGAGCUCUAACAUUUGGCCUUGGUUUGCUUAUCACCAAUGGAAUUAUUCUCUACGUUUUGUACACAUCUGUCGGUUUUGCCUUGCUCCCUGUCUCUUUUAUCAAAACGGCCCCUUCAAUUUCCAGCCCAACCCUCAAAGCCAGCACAGCUUCGCGGCUGGAGGAGAAUAUCGAGCGCCAGCGGCAGUUAGAAGGCCGAUGUGGUGGAAAUCUGGACACCCUAUCUUCAAAGCAGCGAAGGGAACUUGAUUCUCUAGUGCGGGAGGAACGAACUUUACGACGACGGCAACGCUUGGCAGCAGAGGCUCAACAAGACAGGGGCACCUGGCUCUUGAAAGCGUGGUUUAAAAUUUUGGCGGUCUUCCGCCCGCUUAAACUCCUUGGUGGUCUUCUUUUACUUGGUAUUGCGGUAUUAAUAUGGUGCUCCAUGCUCCUAACCGGCAUAGACAAGGCGAAUAAUUCCGUCUGCAAAGGCCACUGCGGCUAUAUUUUGGGCAAAAUAAAUAUAUUCAAUCCCAUCAACUGGGCAUUCGUCGAGUCUGCCAAAUCCUUCCCAGUCGAUUAUGUUCUUUUCGUUCUCCUAGUUCUCAUUUUCUUCUGCAGCUCCAUCGUUGGAAUCACUGCAAUAGGAAUACGCUUUUUCUGGAUCAGAAUAUUCCAGAUCCGCAAGGGCCAUACGUCACCUCAGGCACUGCUUAUCGCGACGGUGGUGUUGACUCUGAUCACGCUUGCACUCAAUUAUUCCAUCUCAAUGAUCGUGGCCCCGCAAUAUGCGACAUACGGCCCACAGACCUUCUGCGACCAUCCACCCAAGUAUCCCGGUGAGCAGCCGGAUUGCACAGGGCUCGAACCUCUCAUUAAACCUUGCUCAGAACUAGCAGAGAGCCCUUUCGCUAAGAACAUUUGCACGCCGUCGGUUGUCAGCACAUUCCUGAACCGCAUCACGUUGAAUUUCCCAGUCUUCGGCAUAUUUGAUUUCUGGGCGCAGUUCUUCUUUCUAGGAUUUUCCCUGAUCGCCUUUCUCGUCAUGUUAUUCCGCACACCAAAGCUGGACGAGCGGCAACUCGACGAGGAUGCGGAGGAAGCAGAGGAGGAAGGGCUACUUGCAGCUACGGGGAGUAGGUUCGGAACUACAUGGGAAGAUAUAACGGGACGAGCAAUCACGGCCGAUAUUUCCGGCUCGGCUGGUCGAGGAACUCGGGAGUGA